CUAGCCUCGCACGCUUGUUCCCCGUUCUGUCGAUCCCCUCUCCGCUCGCCUCCUCCUCUCCCAGGUCGCUGCGCCGCCGGCUCAGCCGCUUCUCCCGCGUCUUAUCCUCCCCGCUCCUCUCCUCGCAGCUGAGUCCUCGACCAGAUCGGCGUCCAUCUUCAGCGGCGGCGGCAUCUUCAGCGGAGGAGGCGGGUGGUCGUGGCGGCGGCAUCUUCAGCGGCGUCGCCGGACGAGCUCCACGCGCGGGGGCGAUAUCUCCACGGGCCCGCGUAACCACGUCCCCUCGCUGACGUCGGCCUCACAAAGAAGAGGUCUAGUCCGCCCGUGCCGCCGAGGAGGGGGAGCAGCCGCGCCCGGAGUAGGUCGUCCCCAACGCCUGCAUCUAGUCGUCGACCUUAACUACACUGCAGCCGCCGCUGUUGGUCGAGGUCGCCCAGUUGACACCGGCCCCGCCGGAGUGCAGCUCAUCCUGCCCGAGGACAUGAUACGGAAAGGGAGGGACGCCGGCGGGUGAUUCCCCCCAUUCUGCCAGGGCCAAGAUGGGGCAGAAGAUGUCAUUGGCGCAUCGAAGGCUCUCUUUGCUUGAUGAUGUCAGUAGCAUCAGUAGGCACAUCGCUGCUGCUGCUGCUGCGGCGGUGGCGGCUGAUGAUGAUGGUGGUGCUUUUGAGCUGAUGGCAAGAACCUGCAUGGAACCAUCUGAUCUCAUAUGUCUGCAUUCAGGCACGUCUAUUCUUCUAGGAUUCAGAGUAUCAAACGCAUGUUCUCAUACAUCAACAAGAAUAAAUAUAGGAAGCUGCUUUUAUCAGUUAGUUAGUUCUCGGUUGGUUGGUCGGUCGAUGAAUCGAGCAUUGGAAAAGCUCAAGAUGAGGAGUUCGCUGCUGAUGUUCCUCAGAAAAAUACAGGAAUUUGUGACAGCAAUGACGACUUCGUUCCAUUGAUAUGGCUGUCAAGAACACCAAUGGCAUUGACAUAGCCAAUCUGAUGAAGCACUCGGCAGAGAACCGCGGGAUCAAGGGCUUCGACGGAGGCGACGCCGUCGACCCGAUCUCGCUGCUCAUGGAAGAGUGUGACAUGCUCAUCCCGGCAGCUCUGGGAGGAGUCAUAAACAAUGUGAGAAGGCAGGCCGUCCCAACGUGCCGGUGGCGGAGGGCAGCACCGAGCCUCUCGAGUUUUUCAUCUUCUCCUAGGGACAAUGCUGAUGCCAUUAAAGCGAAGUACAUCAUCGAGGAUGCUAACCACCCAACAGACCCCGAGGCCGACGAGAGAAGGGUGUGCUGGUCCUAGCGGACAUCAUGGCCAACCCUGGCGGAGUGAUGGUGAGCUACUUCGAGUGGGUGCAGAACAUCCAGGUGUUCAUGUGGGACGAGGAGAAGGUGAAUCGGGAGCUCAAGACGUACAUGACCCGCGCCUCAAACAUAGUUAUGAUUAUUUAGGCAAUGUAUGUCGUUGUAUAAAAUGGACAGUAAUUAUGUAUAGUAUAUAUUCGAAAACCAUAAUUGGCUCAAUUUGGAAGAAUGCCUACUUUAUAUGAAUUUCUUGCCCGCUU